CCGAAGCGCGGCGCGGUGGCGCUGGACUGCGAGAUGGUAGGCGUGGGGCGGAAUGGCGAGUCCGAAGUAGCCCGCCUCUCAGCAAUUGAUUACCUUAGCGGUGAAGUCCUCAUUGAUAGCUUGGUCCAGCCGACUCGGCCGGUCACGGACUGGCGCACGAGAUUCAGUGGAAUCACGAAGAACGCCAUGGCUGUUGCCGUGGCCGAGAACCGGGUGCUGAAGGGCUGGCCGGAAGCGCGCGCCGAGUUGUGGAAGUAUAUUGAUUCCAAUACAGUUCUAGUCGGGCAAGCGCUACAUCAUGACUUCGACGGGCUCAGAAUGCAGCAUUGGAAGGUGGUGGAUUCGGGAAUCUUGGCUAAGGAUGCCGUAGGAACUGGCGUGAGCCGGCAAUGGGGACUGAAAACGAUGUGUGAUCAAUUUUUAGGCAUUGAAAUUCAGAAUAAUGGGAAAAGCGGACAUGACUCCGUUGAGGAUGCUUUCGCUGCGCGGGAAGUGGUGCUAUGGUGUAUCGGCCAUAUGGAGGAAUUGGCAGUUUGGGGAAGAAAGCAGAAAGAGGAAUUUGAAAGGAAGAAGAAGCAACGGGAGGCGAAAAGAGGAAAAAAAUCACAGCAAACGCCUUCGUCG